AUGUACUGUAUUGGGCAGUGCGUGUCCAGCUGGAAGGCACGCCCUGGAGAGAAGUCAGUGUAUGACGACCCAGAUGAGUUCGAGAUCGUCGGGCCUGGCCAGUCGCUCAGGCAGCUUGCCAGUCAAGAUUCUGAAUCCACCAUAACGGAUCGUGUGCGGGUGGACGCCUACGCCAUCCCGGUGGAGGUUCAUCAGUACCGUCAGCUUGGGAAGCGAGAUGAUGUCUGGGAAAUCGCCCACGCGCUGUCGGUGCAGUAUGCGGCUGGAGAUGACGAUGACGCUGAGCGAUUCACUUAUGUGUGUGUGCUCUGGGCCCUAAGGUUGACUAGCCACCGUAAUGCCUCGGAGGACGCGUGGGAAGGCGCACUACGGAAGUUUAACCACGCCUCGAACGGCAAGGACCACUUAGUGGCAAAACACAGCUCGCACCCGAUCGGCAAAGCGUAA